UCUUUGCUGCAGGCGGGCGGGCGGGCGAGGGGGCACAGCCUGUCUCGUCUCCCCCCAGGGCAGCCUGUCGCUGGGCCCCGGGAUCUGCGGAGCUCCCGUAGAACCAGCCCCGAGGAAGGCCCGGGAGGGCUGCAAUGGGGGGCCCCCGCAAUGCCACCGCUCCCCCCCCCACUCCAUCCUCUUGGACUGACACUCCUGGCACGCACUGGCAAGCCCCAGGCCCCGAAGAGGACUGCUGAGCCCCUCCCGGGCACUGGCCACCGAUGCCCCCUUCGCAGCCAGCCGGCGGACAGGACUGUGGAGCCCGCCCAGCACUCUGGGUGAAGCGCAGCACCUUCCUCCUGGCCCAAGCGGAGCUGCCGCCCGACCGGCCCCCCCGGCCCACAGCAGAGGCCAGCUGCUGACAGGAGAGCAGGCCACGGCAGAGCUGACCACGGGGAGGGAGGGGGCCCUGCGCCUGCCAGCCUCCCCCUCUGCACACACGGAGGAGCGUCCCUGCUGCUGCGCCCUGAAGCCCGGGAUCCUCUGAGCCCAGCCCGACGCUUCUGGGCCGCUGGCCAUGGGCAACUCGGGGGGCAGGCCCAGCUGCCUGGGGGUCAAGAACCAGAAACCAGAGGACUUCCUGAAGGAUUCGUACCUGAAGGACCUGGGCCUGGACUCUGGGCCCCCCCGCGGGAGGAGGAACAACGUGGAAGGGGGCUAUGCAGGGCCCCCGGAAAAAGCCCCCCUCAGCCCAGUGGUGAUCGAGAACGGCUGGCCCCUUGCCCAGCAGAGCAGCCCCCUCCCCAAGCAGGACAACCGGGACGUCAAGGUGCAGAACAGGAGCCUGAGUUGCAACCCGCUGAAGGCCCAGCUCGAGGCUGCCUGGAGCCCCCCUGGGGGCCUUCUCCAGAGGAGGGGGGCGGGGGCCAGCUGGGCCUGGAAGCCCCUCGAGGUGACGGAGGUGACGGAAGUGACGGAGACCGUUGUGACGGAGAUUGUGGAGGUGACCGAAUACCCCGGUGGGGACAAGAGCCAAGAGCCGGUGGUCACCAGGACGGUGAAGGUGCUGACGGAGGUGGCGGGAGCCCUGCCAGAGGCCUUCCUGGGAGAGCAGAGGAGCCCCGAGCAGGCCCAGGAGACCCUGGGGAAGCUGCUCAGUUGGGUGAGGGACAUGGAGGAUGUGGUGGCCGGCCAGAAGGGCCCUUCUUCGGAAGCGAAGGUGGUGAAGGCCCAGCUGCAGGAGCAGAAGCUCUUCAAGCGACUCCUGGAAGAGCGCCGAGCCCAUGUGGAGCAGCUGCUGCAGGCCGGGCAGGCGCCCCUCGAGUCCGCCGGCAGGACUGAUGGCCACGAACGGAGCGGGGGCCUCACCAACCUCCAGGAGAAGUGGGCUGCCUUAAUGAGGGGGGCAGAAGCCAGGCACAGCUGCUUGGAGCAGAUCCUUCCUGCUGCUCAGACGUUCCAGCAGUCCGCGGACGCCUUCCAGGACUGGCUGAGCACCACUGAGCGCCAGCUGGCCCAGCUGUGGCACGCCAACGGGAGCCUCGUCCAGGUGCAAGACUCAUGCCAGCAGAUCCAGGAUCUGAGCAAGGACAUUCAAACCAAGCCGGAAGAACUGGAAGGGGUCCUCGGGCACGGGCAGCAGCUGCUGGGGAUGGUCUCAGGUGAGGAGGCCCAGCUUGCCCAAGAGAAGAUGGACUCCCUGCGAAUGCGGUUCCUGAUCACCCGACAGAGCAGCUCUGACAUCUUGCGCCGGCUGGAGCAGACCUUGGAGGCCUCUUCGCGGCUGGGGCCCACCCAGGAGGACCUGGCCCUGUGGCUGAGUCGCAUGGAACGGGAGCUGCCCCCCCAGGGCCCCGUCUCUGCUGCAGACACAGAGAAGUUCGAGCAGGCCCUGGGAUCCGCACUGGCCCACGUGGCCCACCUCGGCAAGCGUUUGGAAGAGCUGAGCCACGUCCACCUCGAUGCUCCUGUCCUCCAGUCGCAGAUCGCCGAUCAGAAGCUCCUGUCAGCAGAAAUCCUGCACCACCGUGGCCUGGUGGAACGGCUCGUGGCUCUCUCUGACCUCCUGCUCAGUUUCUGCUCUCCAGCUGUGCAGCAGCGGCUCCAGCCAUUGGUGCAGCCUCUGCAAGAACAGGCAGAGCAUCUCUUGCGUCAGAGCUCAGCAUGCACCAUGCGGCUGGAGCAUGCCCAGUUGCUGCUGGCCCAGUAUACAGAGACCCAGGAGGAGCUCUUCCCGUGGCUGGAGGAGAUGCAGCGCGCACUGGGGGGCUUCUCUCUGGAUCCCAUCAGCUGCGACACCCUCAAGGACCAGCAGGAGCUGCUGCAGAGUCUUCGGGAAGCCGUUGCUGAGCACAAGCCCCUGAUGACCAAGCUGCAGCGGGUGCUGGGGCAGCUGGCUGGGCUCUGCCCGCAAGAGACCGUCCCCUUCCAGCAGGACUGGCAGACGGCAGAGGAGCGGUACGGGGGCAUCCGAGAGCGUGUCCUUCAGGCCGCGGCCGUUUUGGAAGAUGUCCUCCCCCGCUACAGCCAGCUGUCGGAGCGCCUGGAGCUGAUCGCAGAGAGCCUGGAGGAGCUGCGUGGCCACCUGCAGAACCCGCCUGCCGGGCCGGGGGACUCCGCUUGGCUGCGGGAGCAAGUGAGGGAGAACGGCCUCCGGAUGGCUGAACUGGAGAAGCUCGGCGUGGCUCUGGAGACCCUCCGCGGGCAGGGGGCCCAGCUGCUGGUCACUCUGCAGGCUGGUGCAAACGAAGGGAUCCAGGCCCGCUUGGGGCAGCUGCGGGGCCAGUGGGAAGGGCUGUGGCAGCAGGCAGAGGAGCGAGAGAGCCGGCUGCAGGGUCUGCUGGCGCUGGCCGACCGCUUCUGGCACUGGCUGGCUGACCUCAGGGCCACUCUCGGGGACACCCGGCAGGCGGUGCUGGAUCUGGCCAAAGUCUCCUCGGACCCCAAGGCCAUUCAGGCCGGGCUCGGGACCUUGCAGGUGCUGCGAGAAGAGAUUGACGCCCUCCAGGCUGACCUGGACUCCUUGGGGGCCUUGGGCGUGGAGCUCAUGUCCUCGUGCGGAGACCUGGACAAGCCGGACGUCACCAAGAGCCUGGACGAUCUCUACGCCUCGUGGAACAGCCUCAGCAGGACGUGGGCAGAGCAGCAGAGUCACCUGGAGGAGCACCUGCGGGCCUCCCUCCUCGCCCAGGAGACACUGGAGAGAAUUUUGAGCUGGAUGGAGACAGCUGAGCUGCUUGGAUGUGAAGAGGAGUUCCUGAGCCGAGGAGAGCCGGGUGUGUAAGCAACAGCUCCCUAGGGUGAUGAAAGGACUUCAAGCGAGAGCUGUACCAGUGCCGGGUGGACAUAGAGAGCCUGCGGCACUGGGGGCGGCCUGGGGGGGCUGCCAGUAGGCCCCCCCCAGAUGCCCUCGGUGGCUUGGAGGAG